UCCAUUUACUCGCAUCUUAUCUACAAGUAACCAAUGUGUAGUAGAGUCAGCGCAGGGAUCCCGAAGGCUUGGUCGGUUGCGGUUGUGGCUUCGUCCAACGCGGGACGGACGUCGUGCGACACCAACUUUUGGUUCUUGAUGAUCGAUUUCAUUGUUCAUAUUUCGUGCGUUCAUGCUGAUUGUUGGACCGGACAACAAGGAACAAGGUACAACUUCUUUGAUGAAGCCAAUCAAUCAAGCAAUUCAUCAAUUCCUCGAUCAGCCUUUCAAAAGCAUCCGCCAAUCCUUUAUCGGGGCCCAGCGAUUGUGUCACAGCUCGUAAAAGAUUGCCUUCCUCUGCUCUCGGACUCCGGCUCCCAGCGUUCGGCUCCGAUCAGCAAGCACACCGCCGCCGUCGUUGGUUGCCAUCAUAAUGAUCAUGUUCUUGGUGAUUCUUUGUUCUGUCUUUACCCCGAGUGUUUUGCGCGUUUCAUGAUUCACCUUCGGAGUUAGAAUUACUCGUGUUGCAUGAUCUCCCAACGAGAUGUCGCGAAUCGGACGCCUCGUUUUCUGCUUCGUUUCUUGUUUUCAUCCCGACGCUUUGAGAUUGGGCACCGGAAUGUAGAUCUUCCAACUGCAUCAUUGUCGUUCCAUUAUCCAGAAAAUACUGGUUUUUGGAGGGGAAAUCUUAACGAGGGCCCAAUUGCUCGAGGACACGCUGCAAUGAGAUCUCUAGGAACGAAAGGUUUGAUAUUCGGCUUGCCCACUAAUCAUCAUUCAUGAUCGUUGUUCUUUGAACAUCACUCCAUUUCUAAUAUGAAUGAGGGAUAAACUCCCCUACCUUGUCUUAACUACUCAUAUCUUAUCCUACAAAUACUCGUACAAUAUGCUGUACCCAUCCAAUCACGAAGAAGCAAGUGAAGCAG